AAAAUAUAAAUGAAAACAUCAGCAUCUGCACUAUGUGGCACCCUCCCAAAUUACAGCAGUGGAAGGAAGCUGGGACUCUAAGCCUUGCAGUACGUUACUAUUUUCCCCAGCUAAGACGACUGGAAAGAUUCCUCCUGCAGGCUUGUAUAAUGGAGGCAAGCAGUCAAUCCAGCAGUCAGCAGAUUCUGUGGAAAGAUGUUGAGGUGGGAAAAGAGAAGAAGGCCAAGUACCACACCUACCAGCGAGUGGCUCUGGUUCUGGCUCUGGUCUUUCUCGUUUUGGCUGUCUGUGUUUUCAGCCUGAGAUAUCUGUGGAGCCCCAGUCUGGGGAAGGUGUACGACCACCAGUACAAAGCUAUGUUGGAUGGAGUAGAGAGAGACGGUAUGAUGGAGAUUGACCCAGGGCAGCGCAUGGAGAUCUUCAGAAUGGGGAACGGCAGCGAGGAGGUACUUGAGGUGCACGACUUCAAAAAUGGAAUCACUGGGAUCCGGUUUGCCAAACAUCAGAGGUGCUACAUCAGGACCCAAACUAAGAAACUACCCACAGUGGCAGAGGUGGAAGCUGAGGACACAGAGUUACUGGUGGAGACCGAGGCCAUGGAUAUGGAUAUGAAGGUGGAAGAGUCCCAAGUAUGGGUUCCUGCCGAGGAGCCCAUCGUUAACCCAGCCUUUCUCUUCAACUCUAAGAUCUGGGAGAUUUGCCAGGAGCUGCCUAUCCACUGGAUCCAUCCCUCUCCUCUGAGUGAUGCUGAGGUUGGAAAUGUGGAUGCACCCGAUGCAGAGGUUACAGGUCAGCGUUUCACCCGCGACGUCCUGGACCACCCUGCCGUAAACGACUACAGAGACAUUGGAAUCGAGCUGGAUAACCGUCUGGAUGACAACGGCUACUGCUGCCAGUACUGUCGCCGUGGUUACCGCUACUGCCGCCGCUACCACGAGCCCUUGGGUGGCUUCAACCCGUGGCCAUACUACUACCAAGGAGGCCGGGUCAUCUGUCAGGUUGUCAUGCCGUGCAACUGGUGGAUCGCCCGCAUGCUGGGGAGGAUCUGAGGAGGGCGUGUGCUGUCUGGGAUUUAAACUGUAUGUCAUUGUAGGUGCAAAUUCUCCUGUUGAUAAAUAUUCCAGACCACUCUGAGACCAAAGCAGUCCAUUGCACACAAUUAUUAUCCAAUCUGAAAGUUGGCCCACAGUCUAAAUGGCAUUUGAAGUGUUUUGAUUCUUUCUUAAAAGGCAUUCCGCGUUUACAGCUGUCUAAUUUCCUUUGCUUAUCUACCCAUUUAGUAUUCUUGCUAUUUGAUUCUGUUGAAUGGGUGCAAUUUAGUUUGGAAGAUGUUAGCAGAAACUAAUCUGCUCUAGCACUCUGUCCUGACUUUGUCAUGCAUUCAUUUUUUUUUUUUUUACUUCAUAGGUUAAAAGACUUGUUCUACUAAUACUGUAUGUAUGGAAAUGUACAUACAGUACACAAAUAUAUGCAACAGUCUGGGUGGUGCUAUCACAUUUACCUAAAUAUAUGUUUUGUCUCAGUUGUUUGUGAUCUGUUUAACUUUAUUGCUUAAGCAAAUGAAAAACCCUCUCUAUAUCCACGUACAAUUUGAAUACCAUAUGCAAUAUAUUCAACUUAAAACAAAAUGAGGGAAAGAAACAAAUAAGCAAAUUAAAAUAAGAUAAAACAUAAUUAGAGGAAGUUUCCUUCUGGCUUUAUGUAUCAGAACAAUUUCUUUUAUCUGUUUUUAAUAUCAUGUUAAACUAAGGAGGUACAUUAUAAUGGACCUCAGCUGUCUUUUGUGAUGCAGUUGCUGUUGUCUUAUGCUUCAUUGUUUUCCCUCUUGCUGCAAUCCACAACAUUCUUUAAAUAGUGCUACUGUUCAAACUGUUUCUUCUUUGCUUAGGCAAUUUUAAUCUGUAACACCACAUCUCAAUCUGUCGAGCUGAAAUAAGAAUCAUCUGAAAGUAACAGAUAAGCAAGCAAGAUAGGCAUUUGCAAUUGAUGUUCUGUCAUCAGAAUAACAAGGUGCAUAAAUGCCCAGGAGUAUUCAAGCGAUGUGAGAUAUUAAAAAGUUAAACAGAGAGACAAAAAUGGAGCAGUCAUGUUGUCAUAGUUUGCUUUGAAGGCUUCUGUAUGUUUCUGUGUCUUUAUGAAUUUCUUUCCAAUUAAAAUUUCAUUUUAUGAAUAACGUGAGUUGUAAAAUCAUAUGAAACAAUCUGAUUUGAAAGCUGAUGUGUGGGUUUGAAUCUGACUCAUGCAAUCCAUAAGGGUUCCUUGUCUCUUCUCCAUUAGUCCCAUUGCUCAUUAGCAAAAACAUUUAGCAUCAAAUUGACAAGAAAAAGCUAGACGUGCAUGCUUUUAUUGUUUCUAUUUCAUAACUCGAGUCUCUCUUGUGUAUCUGAUGCAUAAUAAUGCAUUGUUUACAGUAAUAAAAGAGCAUCUCGCCUGCUAAAGGUAAAGCUGGAUGAUGACUCAUAUUGGCAGUGUGAUAAUAAUAUCAGUGAUAUCAAUAUUUGGCAGUGAAAUGGAUUAUGUGAAAAAGGGUGAAACAUUUUACUGUAUGUAAAUGUUUUAUGGAUAUGCUCAUAAAUGGAACUCAGACUGCAACCUUAUUGUUAUUUUUAAAUCAAUUAUGUCAAUAGCCCAAAGCAACAUGUAAGUAAAAAAUGAGUUAACAAAUGCAAUAAUUGCAAACAUACUUCAAAUAAACUGACAAGUGUACAGCAAA